AUACGGACAACAAAUCUGUAUUUUGUUUUAUACACCGCCAGUACAAUAUCCCUAGGACAUGUUUGCAUACGCGAUAAUAUUUUUUAUGGCAAUAUAAAUUUCGUUCACCUUUGUUUUUAUCGUUUAUUGCGGUCAGUAUAACGGCCGCGAAUAUUUACGGGACAUUUUGUGUUUUUGAAAUGAAAAAGGGAUUGGAUUUUGUUCUAUUGUUCGUGGUUUGUGUGAGUGUGAGUGGUUACGAGGAUGUUACGCUGACGACUGCGGUGGUCAAAGAUGAGACCACCCCAAAGCCAACGUUGAUUCACAGAAGGAUACAAAUUGACCAGAAUGUGGAGGAGAUCAGUCACUCUCCUCUGGACCUCUUUCGGCUGCGGGCUCAGGAACUUAGAAGAACUCGCAUAGACAUUUGGAACUGGGAUUAUUGGUGCCAACUUCAGCCGAAGAUGGGCAACUGUUCGCAAAGUAUGAUUAGGUUUUAUUACGAUGCACAGAUUGACCAGUGCGUGACAUUCACCUACACAGGAUGCAAUGGGAACAAAAACAAUUUUGCCACUGUGACCGAUUGCGAAAGAUAUUGUAAAGGUGCAGCCUUCAUGUCGAUCAAAGAUACUACGAAUCCAUCUUUCUGUUCACUACAACCAAACGCUGGGCUGUGCAUGGCUAUGUAUUUCAAGUUCUACUACGACGUGAACGAUGCGACCUGCAAGAGGUUUAUUUACGGGGGCUGUGGCGGUAACCAGAACAGAUUCGACUCUGCAACUUACUGCAUGAAUAGAUGCCACCAGGACGCUUAAUACCUUUCGGAUUUCGGUAAUUUAUUAGGUUAUAAA